AGCCAAAUUGUGGCGGCUUUCUCUCUGGAGCGUCCGAGGUUCCGUAGCGUGUGUUGAUCGCAUUGUAUGCGUUGUAUAGAUUGACGCUGUAGGUUGUAGUGCAACGCGCAGCCUAUGCGUUCUUUUUUUCUUGUUUCUCGCCUACUGCCGCUGUAGCCGCCGUUCAUCUCACGUUUGAGCUACAUCACGCCUACUCAUCGUUUUCACGGGCAUCGUCGAAGUUCGAACUACUGCAUCUACUGCCACCAUGUCUCUUUUGCAGAAACCUAAGAGUGAAAUGACUCCGGAGGAGUUGGCGAAAAGAGAAGAGGAAGAAUUCAACACCGGACCCCUUUCGGUGUUAACUCAGUCUGUAAAGAACAACACUCAAGUACUCAUUAAUUGCAGAAACAACAAGAAGCUCUUAGGUCGAGUGAAAGCCUUUGAUAGGCACUGCAACAUGGUGCUGGAGAAUGUCAAGGAGAUGUGGACGGAGAUUCCCAAGACAGGAAAGUCCAAGAAGAACAACCCAGUCAACAAGGACCGAUACAUCUCCAAAAUGUUCCUCCGGGGGGACUCUGUCAUUCUUGUCCUGAAGAACCCACUGGCUGCCACCAAAUCGUGAAUAAAGAGACGAGUGCUGUGUA